UCUCUCUCUCUCUCUCUCUCCUCCCUACACACUUUUUCUUAUAAAACGACCUACCUUCCAAAGCACAUCCCUCUUCUCCUCAAACACCCACAUUUCCAAACAUGGUAGAACCAUACACGCAUUUAUCCAUGGCUUACUUCCAUGACCACUUCCUCCUCUCAAACCCAUCUCUUCCUUCUCCUUAUCUUCCUCUUUUACCUCCCAAGUCUAUCAAUAACUACCCAUCCCCACCAUCCUCACCUCCCAUGUUGGAAGCUCUUCCACUUCUCAAAAAUGAAAAAGAUCUAGAAAAGAAGAACAACAAAGCAGUAAAUUUCUUAAUAAAUGAUGAAGCUGACCAGCAAUUUGUGAACGAUGUCGAGUCAGUGACUAUGAAGCUUCACAUAGGACUUCCAAGUCCUAAUGCCGCAGAUCUAAUCUCAGCAACAGUAUCAUUAGCACAAGAAGAAGGAGAAAAGCAAGGAGAAGAGAGUGCAGUUGGGGAAGAGGCACAAGUUCUAUUAGUAAGGUACCAUGAAUCUCUCAUAGGGAAGCUUAACAAAGGACAAUAUUGGAUUCCUACUCCUUCUCAGAUACUACUUGGGCCAACACAGUUCUCCUGUCCUGUGUGCUUCAAGACAUUCAAUAGAUACAAUAACUUGCAGAUGCACAUGUGGGGUCACGGCUCACAAUACAGAACUGGCCGGCAAUCCCUCCGUGGAAUCCAACCCACAGCAAUGCUGAAGCUUCCAUGCUACUGCUGUUCUCCAGGCUGCAGGAACAACAUUGACCAUCCUCGAGCUAAGCCACUAAAGGACUUCAGAACUCUCCAAACACACUACAAAAGAAAACAUGGCCUAAAGCCCUUCAUGUGUCGCAAGUGCAGCAAGGCCUUUGCAGUCAGAGGUGAUUGGAGAACCCAUGAGAAGAACUGUGGGAAGCUAUGGUACUGCAUUUGUGGAUCUGAUUUCAAGCAUAAGAGAUCUCUUAAGGAUCAUGUCAAGGCAUUUGGUUGCGACGGACAUGCUGCUUGUGGGGUGCAUUGUUUUGAUGGGGAUGAGGAGUUGGAAGAAGAUAUUAAUUAAGAGAUGCAUGUGAUUACAUGUGUGAAUUGGAUAUAUUGUUGAAUGUUAACAAAUAUGUGUAAUUAUUAGUAAACUAUAGUUGUGUAUGGAUUCAUAAAGCCUAGUUAUCUCCACAUGCACUGAGAAUUUAACAGCCUUUCAGCCCAAGCAAUUUGGCAACCAGGGACGUGCUGGCAAAGCAAAUUGGUCAGCAGCUAGCUCCCCGUCUGUUAUUUAACUUUAUGUCUAUGAUGAAUAUUUUGAAUUU